UGAUGUUGGAAAACCAGACAUAAACAUGGAUUCUCCCUCUGGAAAGAUCAAAUGGCCCACUUUUAAAAAGCCCAAGUGGGCAAUCUCUCAACCGAAGGUAAAUGGUCCCGACAUUGAUUUAGAUGCUGACGUUUCUGGCCCUGAUCUCAAUCUCUCAGCGCCAAAGAUUGAUGGAAAACUUAAGUCCUCAGACGUUGAUCUGAAUUUACCUGAAGCUGAUAUUGAUGUUGGAAAACCAGACAUAAACAUGGAUUCUCCCUCUGGAAAGAUCAACUGGCCCACUUUUAAAAAGCCCAAGUGGGCAAUCUCUCAACCGAAGGUAAAUGGUCCCGACAUUGAUUUAGAUGCUGACGUUUCUGGCCCUGAUCUUAAUCUCUCAGCGCCAAAGAUUGAUGGUGACAUAGGGACACCAGAUAUCAAUUUAAACGCACCCAAAGCAGAAAUGCAAAGCCCAAAGUUGGACGUUAAUGCUUUAGAAGCUGAUGUUGGCCCAUCUGGAAAAUUCAAAUGGUUCAGCUUUACAAAAAACAAAACUUUACCAAAGGCUGACCUUGAUGUCAAGGAUAUUGGCCUCAAAGGGCCUGAGGUAGAUUUCAGAACAGCAGAUGUUAAUCUAUCUGUACCAAAAAUUGAUGCUGGAAUUGAGACUACAGACCUCAGCAUCAGCAGACCUGAUGUCAAAUUACCAGAGGGGGGAGUCAAUAGCCCAGAUGUUACUCUUGAACCAGGUGAUGGCAAAAUAAAGUUACCAAAGGUCAAAUUACCAAAACUUAAAGACCCAAAGAUGAAAGAGCCAGAUAUGGAUUUGAAUGUAAAGGUACCCAACGCAGAGCUAAAGGCGCCAAAUGUGAAUCUGAAAGGAACACAUUUCAGUCUUCAAGCUCCCAAUAUUGAAGGUGGUCUCAGUGGUCCAGAAAUUGAUGGCACAAAUUUUAAAACGGAUGUCAACCUUUCACUCCCAAAUCCCACUCUAAACUCUCCAGAUAUGAAUAUUUCUACUAAAGAUCUUGAAGCCCCAGAUGUAGAAAUGAAGUUGCCAAAAACUGAUGCAAAUGGGACCAGUCUGGAUCUAGGAAAUGCAGAUCUCGAUUUAUCGGCACCAAAAAUUGAUGGAACCCUCUGGACGCCAAACACUGAUGCAAAGUUGCCAAAUGCUGAACUGGAAGCACCUGAUCUCACAAAGAAAUCUCCAAAUUUGAAAAUCAACCAACCAAAGGUAGACCUUAAAGCACCUGAUGGGCAGCUAAAAAUGCCAGCUCUGGAUGCACACCUUGGUGACUUCAAAAUGCCUCAUUUCAAAGUUCCAAUGCUUGAUCUUUCAAGUCCUAAUGCAGAAAUUUCCACUGUCCAAGACACAGGGAAGGCUGGGAUUGAGGCACCCAAUUUCAACAUGGACAGUCCUACAGCUGAUGCCAGCAUUUCUAUUCCUGCAAUCGAAAUGAAUGGACCAAAGGUUGAAGGACCUAAAGUGAACAUUAAAACUCCAGAUGUAGAUGGCAAUGUUGAGAAGCCUAAGUUGCCACAUCUUAAGCUCCCAAAAUUCAGCCUUUCAGAAUAUAAAGAUAAAUCUGGAGAAGUCAAUGAUACAAAUAAUGAAGAUAAUGAUGGUGACUCUAACAAUGAUGCUUCAAAUGUUGAGACAGCUGUUCCUUUAUUCAAAUUCCACAAACUGCCCACAAGAACCCUGGAUGGCAUUGGGGACAUUUCUGAGGCAAUUGGCUUAUCAAAACGUGACCGUGGGGAAAAGGACUUUGUUGUAAGCAAAGGGAUCAGACUGCCAAUAAGUAAUGCACCAAAAGCAAUCGGCAAGAUUGACAUUAUGGAGAGAUUGAAAUUGGCAAAGGAAAAAACAACCAGUGUCUUACAAACGGAUGAGAAAAACGAUGCUGAUCUGAAACUUGCCACUCCAAGUCUAGAUGUUGGUGUGUCUGCAGAAACAGGAGAUUCCUCUCUAGUUAGAGGUGGUACUGACUUGGAACCAGGUUCAGCCGAUGACAUUCAGAAACUGUCCCUGGGUCUCUCUAAUAUGCUUGGUCUUAAGCUUGAUGAUCCAGAUGCUGUCUGAUUCUUUGUCUAACAGCUAGGUUUCAUAUCUGAAAUGUUGAGUAUACACCUGUACUGAAACCAAAUCCAUGUUUGUAGCCAGCUAAUGGAAUCUAGGAUUUCUUUUUAAAUAAGCUAUGUUUAUAUUCCUGUUAUUUAUACAUGUUUUUUUCUAAACUUUUUUUAUUUAGAAUAUAUUCUACCUACUAAACGGCAUGUAGUCAAAGUAAGUUUGAAAGUACUUUACUGUUUUACCAUUUGACACUGAAAAUAAGCAAAUUUGUGAAUGUAUUUACCAUUGUUGCUCAAUAAAUAGCUCAAAUGUC